UUAUGUAUGUAUUUAUGUAAUCGAUAUAAGCAUAAUUUUAAGCGAUUUGUCAUCACUAAGAGAAAAAGUCCAUAACUAAAUGUUGCAUGUUUGUGAUGAUGAAAUGUCUAGCAACAUUGUGAAAUUAAAAUUAUGAAGAAAAUAGCUAUGCUACUAAGCUGGCGCCAGAAAUAUCUAGCAACAUUGUGAAAUAAAAAAGAAACAUGCUAUGUCGCUCGAAUAGGCUAGCAGCAUUUGAAUAAAGUCAGUUCUAAUCUGAGACUUAAUGGAAGAAGUUGAACCUUGUUAUUUAAUUUCAAAAAUAAAGAACUCAAAACAAAAUUGGCGCAGCCGGUAGGAUCCUUUUUUUAAAAAGGAUUCUGUGAUAAAUACGAACUAAAAAUAAGUCGACAAAUUUAUAAAUCGAUCAUUAUAAAAUAAAAGUCAAACUAAAAAUAAGUUGACAAUUUUUAUAAAUCGAAAAAAAAAAGUACAUCUCAACGCUGGCAACCAGAAAAGAAAAGAGAGCAGCAUAUUACGACAAAAGCAGGAUGGCACAAGCUAACCCACAAAUGCCAGCGCAGCAAUUAUAUGAGCAGUUGAUCAACAAGGAGCAGCAACUAGAGGAGCUACAUCAAGCUUACGUCACGCUUCAAGGAAACAUCAAUGCGGCUCAGAAGGAACGAUUGUUUCAAAACAUCAAUUAUUUGGCAACGUUCACGGGAACAGGUGAUAUAUCAAUUAACUCGUUCUUCAGCAGCGUGGAGUACCUUCUCCAAGGAGUGGAGGACUCUGGACUAAGACGAGAGGCCACUAGGACAAUCUUCAACAAGACAAUCCAAGGACAGGCGAAGGAUGUAGUUAUCAAUAUACCGGAACCAGACAACUGGCAGCUAAUCAAGUCAACGCUAAAGCUGAGGUAUCGACCGGACACGGAACCCCAUCAAAUUUACCGUAAAAUUUAUGAGUUAAAAGUAGACACAGUAAGCGAACUUGCAGCAGAACUACAAAAUAUUAAGUAUAAAACUGACGAAUUAAGAGUUUACCAUCAAAACGAUAAUUUUAUAGAUUUAAGUAACGUAGAAAGUUUACUAGUAAAUGCAGCUAAAGAAAUGACUCAAGGCACUUUACUUGAUAAAAUAUACGAAGAACGAAAUUUAAAUGAUAUUCUAAAAAUAAUGAUGUUACGUAGAUACGAAAAUAGUUGUAUUAGAUUUCAAUAUAAGAAAAGUAAACCCAAUAGGUAUAACGCUGAGGCUGAGUUUAGCAAGAAAAAUAAUAAUUACAAAAACGAAAAUACCCAACAACAAAAUUAUAACAAAAAGCAACAAUAUUAUCAACAAAAUUAUAACAAGAACAAGCAAUCUUAUUAUCAACCACAAAGUGGUCAAAACAAUAACCAAAACAAUCAGCAACAAUUUUACAGAAACAACUCAGGUCAGUACAGACAAGAUUAUACUCAACACAAUUCAGGACAGAGUCACCCUAACCAAAACAAUCAGCAAACAAUUUCACAACAGUCAAAACAGUAUAGGUCAAGGAAUUCAGAACCCAUGGAAAUAGAAAACCUAGAAACCAAGCAAGAUACAAACAGUUCCCAAGAAACAAAAAAUGACUACGACCAGGCAGAGGUUAAUAAUACAGUUUUUUUUAUGAAGCAGCCUCGGAAUGCCUACCAUUAAUAGAUACAGGAGCAAGUUUAAGUCUAGUAAACAACCAAAUUAAUGGGCACACAAAGAUUAAGCUGAAUAAACCCAUAUCAUAUAGCACAAUUAAUAGUAAGGACAUAAUAGAGUAUGAAAUUCAUACAACAGCACCUAGAGAAUUCAAUUUACCAAACAACGCUAGAGUCCGCUGGAAGUUAGCCCCACUAAAGGGAAGGAAGUAUAACUUUAUUAUAGGUAUAGACCUUCUACAAUUUUUGAGUGCAGUUAUUAACAUUGAAAAAUACAGUUU